AUGAUGACUCGACCUAUCAGGAACAUUAGUAAAGCUCAUCUGGCAUUUAAUAUAGAGAAGAUUGAAGAUUUUAAGGUUGAAAAGUGUGAUGCAAUGUCAAACAAUCUCCAAUUAAGUAAUAAGUACAACUUAGAAUCUAAAGGCAGGGAUACUACAAGAGCUUUGUAUACUCGUACAUACACUCGUGAGCAAAAAAAUCGACUCGGACGACACAUCUGUAGUCGCAAGUCACUGGAAACAAAACUGAAAGCAAAUAUAUUUUUUUCA